CGACGCGACUUUGGCUUCAUUUUCCCUCUCCCUCUCGCUUCUUUUCAUCUCAGUCUCCACUUUGGGCUCCUCUUUUGGACCGGAGAUCCCAUCAUGCCCGAUGUCAUCAACCUGAUCUCCUCUUCCCCCCGUCCCCUGCCUCCCCCUCCUCCUCCUACCUUCGCCACGACCGCCAAUCAAGUUCACUAUGAAUCUACGUCCAAUCCCUCGAAACGCCGUCGACUGAGUCCCGAUCCCCAAGAUCCGUUCGUGCUCUUCUCCGACGAAGAUGUCCUUCCAUCCAGACCCGCUCCAACGCAGACACACCCGGGGGAUCUGACGUCCGACCCCAUCACCUUCACCUCCUCCGCCCCGCCAAACCCCCCAGACACCAUCACCAUUGACGAUGACGACAUCGACGAGUUCAGCGAUCCCUUCGCCGUCCCCGACCCAGCAGAUCUGUGGAAUCUCGCAACUGCCGCUGCUACCACCGCCCCCGAGAUGAUACCGCGCCCCCGUCCCCAGUUCUCCAGUCGCACCGAAAAUCUCCUCGCCAGUCUUCACAACCGAUCCCAGUCCAACAGCGUGAUCGAUGACGACUAUGACGCCCAAAAGCCUCAGUCCCGGCCGACGUCGACGGGGAGUCGGCUCAAAAUCCACCCCCCACGGAAGGACGGUGAAGACCGAGAUCUCCUCGACGACCCGCCUUCUCCCCGACCAGCCGCUCGCAAAACAGCUCCGAAACGGACCACCGCCGACAAGGACACCCGGGCCCGCGAACGGGAAGCCACCAAGGCCCGGCGAGAGCACGACCGGCAAGUCGAGAAAGAGCGGAAACAGCAGCUGAAGGAAGAAAGGACGCGGGAGAAGCAGCGGACAGCCGACCUGGCCGCCGUCAACAAACUCAAGAUCGACAAGAAGGAAUCCCUCCCAGAGAUGAUCGUCGAUCUGGCCACCACCUUGCAAGAUACGAGCGUGGGCAACCAGACGGCCGAGUUCAUGACCCGGCUCGGAGUCGAGCAGACCUUCUUCGCGAGCGCGAUCCCCAACCUCGUCCGAUGGCGCCGCAAGGUCCGCGCCCAGUACAACCCCCGUCUCGGAUACUGGGAGCCGUGCGUCCCCCACGUCCAAGACGAAGCGCACGUCCUCGUGCUGCUCACAGCCCAGGAAUUCGUCGACCUGGCCACCGCGACUCCAUCCACCCACACAUCGGAGUCAUCACAACCCGUCGACCUCCGAACCCACGUCCACAACCUCAAAACCGCCUACCCCAAUUGCUCCCCUAUCUACCUCAUCGAGGGCUUAACAGCCUGGUUCCGCAAGAACCAAACCGCCCGCAACCGUGCCUUCCAAGCCGCAGUGCGCCGCGCCGCCGCCGCCCCACCGUCUACCUCCUCCUCGUCCCGCCAACGCACAGCGAAACAGCAGCCCGACCCCAUCUCCGACGACGUCGUCGAAGACGCCCUCCUCGCCCUCCAAGUCACUCACACCUGUCUCAUCCACCACUCCAGCACGCCCGCCGAAUCCGCCACUUGGAUCAAGACCUUCACCGAACACGUCUCGACCGUGCCAUAUCGUCGCGAGCGCAUGAACGGCCAAGAUGCCGCCUUCUGCAUGGAAACCGGCCAGGUCAAAUCCGGCGACAACAAAUCUGAUACGUUUAUCAAGAUGCUCCAGGAGGUGAACCGCAUCACAGCUAGCAUGGCCUACGGGAUUGCAGAGCGCUAUCCCAGCGUGAUGAAUCUCGUCGGGGGGAUGAGAAGGGAGGGUGUUUCUACUUUGGAGGAUGUCAAGAAAUCCGCCAACAAAAACGGCGCCCUCACCAACGCCCGCAUCGGCCCCGCCGCCAGUAAACGUCUCUAUAAAGUAUUUAUGGAAACGGAUCCCACCGCGACGGGGGUAUGAUAUGAUAUGAUCUAGUCUGACAUCCGUAGUUCAUCUCUAGGUUAUCUCUAUUGGAAUCCUUCCUGAGUAUAGGAUAUUGCAUUAUGUUUUACGGCUUAUACCAUAUCCAUCCAUCUAUAUUGGUAAAUAUUCGUUGAUUAGGUUGGCCUCUCUUUUUUACUCUUUUUUAUUUUUUUCUAUCUUUACGGAGGAAUGGGUUCGCAUGUAUUGCGUUGCGGUGC